AUGAGGUCCAACGUUGCUGGACCAUCUGUUGCUCCAGCAAUCCUUGAAACUGAAGCUGAAGCUCCUAGAGCUGAAGCUGAAGCUGAGAUUGCCCAAGAAAUUCCAACCUUCGAUGAAGCUGUUAUAGCUAAGAAAGAAGAACCAACACUAGCUAUAGUUGAUCCAAAGUUUGAAGGAGGUGUCAUUGAAGAGUUGCAAAAUGCAACUGGUGGGACAGUGCAAGCACCCAUGUGCAGACCUUGGGACAGAGAGGACUUGCUGAAAAGGCUUGCUACUUUUAAGUCAAUGACUUGGUUUGCUAAACCCGAGCAAACUGUUGGUAUGGAUGCCAGGAGUGUUGAAGCAAAAACUGAUAAUUCAGCUAAGGAACAGGGUGGUGUAAAGAUGGAAGAAAGAUCCUCACCCACGACUAGCAACCAUCUACCAUCACUGGCUUCAUCCGAGCUGAAGAUGUCAACUACUUGCCUAGAGUUGCAGAUUCUAUUUGAGAUGGAGAUGCAACUGUAUAUAGUCAUCUUGGCGCUUGAUUGUGUAUGUAUUGGUUUUCUUGACUGGUUGUUUUAUAAUGAAGUUCAGCAGGAGGAUUGUGUUACCUUCCAAAAAAAUGCAUCUAUCCCAAUAACAUUGAAAUCGAGAGAAUAUGAGGUGUUUACGGUAGCUCCUAUCAAGAAAUUGUCGGGUGAGGACCAAAAUGGGGGGUCACGAUUUGUCAACCCGGUGUCACAGAGAUUACUGUUUCGAACGAUAGAGGUGCUAGCGAUGACCGUUGGCCACAUGUUGCCCUACGGAACCCACCUGAAUGAUCAAACGACUAGAGUGAUUAUCUAUUCUGAUCUCACUGUUAGAAUUAUCGUGGAUGCCCUGCCACAUAUCGCAGUUAACCUGCCAACUAUCUCGGAUACCCCGCCAUCUAUCGCAGUUAACCUGCCAACUAUCGCGGAUGCCCUGCGACAUAUCGCAGUUAACCUACCAACUAUCGUGGAUACCCCGCCAGCUAUCGCAGUUAACCUGCCAACUAUCGCAGAUGCCCUGCCGUUUAUCGCAUUUAACAAGAUUUAA